AUGAUUCCAGAAAGCGAGAGAGGCUUCAACUAUACUCUGACACGAGACAAGUUGGCUAUGAAUCUUGGCUCCCCACCAAGAAAACCAAAGAAUGUGACAGCAGCGUCUCUAUCUGCGACAUCAACAACAACAAUCCCAAGAACAACAACAAACACAACAAAGCCGGCGACAGACACGACGCCCUUUCCUCCGUUUGAAUUGCCAGAACCGACAAGAUAUGAGCUGUCGGCAGAAAGCGACAAUCGCGUGGCGACACUCGAAGCCCAAGUCGCAAGCCUGACGCGCAAAGGUGCUGAAGCUGUCACCAACNNAGCCGACCGCAUCGCCGACUACGAAGAAGAACUUCGCAAUCUCAAAGCGAGCCAGAAUCCUCGCACCGACUCGCCUCUUGACUUUAUCGCUGCACACCCUUUCCCUGCUCCUCCGACGUCUCUCAGUCGCAACUCGUCGAUUGCUUCUGGCAAGUUCAGUUUCUUGACUCGCACAUCGUCUCUCACAAACACCACAAAACCGCUUCCCAAGACCCCUCCAAAGGCUUCCCCUAUGGCUCCUGCUGCUCCCUCUCCCGCAAUCUCCGAACUUCAAGCUGCCCUCAAUGCAGAGACUUCUCGUCGUGUUGCUGCAGAGAAAAAGUACAAAGAACUAGAAGCGGAAUUGGAGGAUUUGUCUGCCACGUUGUUUGAGCAGGCUAAUGAAAUGGUCGCAAAGGAGAGAAAGGAAAAAGCAAAGCUGGAAGAAAGGUUGAAGGUGCUUGAGGAGAGGGACAGAUUAGGCCAGAAGAGACUGGAGAUGGUGGAAGCUGCUUUGACGAGGAUUGAGCGCGUCAAGAAGUUGUUGGAUGGUUGA